AAAUUUUUCAGUUCUCUCUAAUUCGAACCUUACAUACGUGUUUUGCGAUAUGAGAAGUUGAGAGGACAAGGGAGAAACUCCAGCAUACCGAGAAAUAUACACAAGUCAUCAAGGAUGAAGACGAAUGCCUUUGUGAGACAGUUGGCGUCCAACAAGAGGACGGUGAGAGAGAAUGCUCUUGCAACAUUAAAGAAAUUUCUAUCAACCAAGAGCAAGGCAGAUAAUAUCAGCAUAACGGAGCUCAACAAGCUAUGGAAAGGAUUGUUCUACACGAUGUGGUUCUGCGACAAACCAAGACCGCAGCAGAGGCUAGCGAACGACUUGGCGAAGUUGUUCAGCGAGUGCAUUGUCGACGAGCAGUUUUGCAACUUUGUUGAAUCGUUCUGGACGGUCAUGAUCAAGGAGUGGAGGGAGUUGGACAAGUGGAGGUUGGACAAGUUUCUGAUGUUGAUGAGAUACGUGGUGAGAGAGUGUUUCGUGAAGAUGGACGUGAGAGAAUGGGACGAGGAGGCGGUCAGCGAGUAUCUGAGCGUGAUGAAGAGGCUUGUGUUGAAGGACGACAGCCAGGUUCCGCGUGCGAUCACCUACCACAUAAUCGACGUCUGGGUGGACGAGAUUGACCGCGUGCUGUUCCCGGCCGACGAGGACGAGGACGAGGCCGGCGACGAUUCGGACGGCGACGAGAAGAAGACGAUAGAGGACAGGAUCGAGGAGAAGAAGGUUCCUGUGGGCCUGCUUCUCGAGCCUUUCAAGGCCCUGUCCGGCAAGGGCCACUCCGAGGCGUUGGUGGCGAAGAUACGGGUCGAGAUUCUUGACGACCAACGUCUGCACGAGCUCGGCGUAGAUACCUCCUUGCCGAAGCAGAAGAGGAAGGCCGCGGACGACCUGGCCGAAGACGACGAGGACGAGGACGACGAGAGUGACGCCGAUGACGACCAAGAAGAGUGGACUGGGUUCGGCAACUGACCCUGCUGUAGCAACAACUCCGUACAGAUGUGUAACCCCAGACGAACCACAUAGAAAACCAUUUUACGCCGAUCGGCCCCC